AUGGCAAACAGAAAUUGCUUUGAAGCUUUUAAUCGCAGCCUUCAAGAUAUACUACAAAUUGAAGAUCCAAGGAAUUUGGAGAAAACUUUUGGUGGUAAAAUUGUGGUUUUAGGUGGUGAUUUUUGGCAAAAACUUCCAAUUGUGAAAAAGGGAAGACGUGAAGAUAUUGUCCAAUCUACAAUUUGUCAGUCACACUUAUGGAAUUAUUGUCAUGUCUUUAAACUACAACAAAAUGUGAGACUUAUGCAGAACAAUAUGAGUGAAAUACAAGAAUCAUCUAUACAAGACUUUAGUGAAUGGAUUUUAAAAAUAGGUAAUGGUGAUUUGGGAGAAGGUGAUGGUGACAAUAACAUUACAAUUCCUCAUGAUCUAAUCAUCCAACCUACACUAAAUCCACUGGAAGAUAUUAUUAAUAGCACAUACCCUGAUUUGGAUGCUCAAUACAUGGAUGCAAGUUACAUACAAGAAAGGGCAAUUCUUGGCCCUACAAAUGAAGUUGUAGAGGAGUUAAAUGACUACAUUAUCUCAUCAAUAAAUGGAGUAGAACAUGAAUAUUUGAGUUCAGAUUCCAUUUGCAAGGCUUCUUUGAAUGUUGCUGAUCAAGACAUUUUAUACCUUAUUGAGUUUUUAAACAGCUUAAGAUUUCCAGGAUUGCCAAAUCAUAAGUUGACAUUAAAAGUAGGCGUACCUAUUAUGUUACUUAGAAACUUGAACCAAAAUGAAGGGCUUUGUAAUGGAACAAGACUGAUUAUUACAAAGUUGGCUACAUGGGUUAUAGAAGCAAAAAAUAUUACUGGCACUAAUAUAGGCACAUGCAAAGGUCAAAAACUUAAAGAUGAUGGAGUUCAGUUUUCUUAA